AUGAAGUUCAGGACCCUCCGUGAGCUCGGACACACAGAGCAAGAAGUCACGCUUAUCGACAGUCCUGCGACUCAGGAUGAGCACAACCCUCGUCUCAUAGGAACCGACAUUGUACUCGUCCCCCACCCCUCUAAUGACAUUAAUGAUCCCCUCCGUCUGCCUCAAUGGAAGAAAUGGGCGGCAUUCUUGAACAUAUGCAUGUUGACGUUCAUGACCUGCUUCUGGCUUGGGGGCUUAUCUCCUGCUUUCUAUUUGUUAAGUCUGGAAUUCAAUGUCACCAUGGCAGAUGCCUCUGGCUUGCUCGUGUGGCCUGUUCUAAGUGCCGGGCUCUGUAACUUCUUCUGGGUACCAUUUGCCGAGUAUCUUGGUCGCAGACCAGUCUUCCUUGUUGGCUCACUGGGUUUGUUCGUGUGCGAGGUAUGGUCAGCAACCAGUGCCAGUUUCAACAGUUUGCUUGCCAGCCGGGUAGUUGGUGCAUUUAUGGGGUCUUGCACCGAAGCCAUGGGUGCCCUCAUUGUCAAUGAUCUGUUUUUCUUGCACGAAAGAGGGUCUAAAAUGGGAGUCUAUAUUAUAGCUCUUUACUUUGGCAACUCCAUGGGUCCCCUCAUCACGGGAUUUAUUGUCCAAGGCGAGUCAAAUGCUACAUCACCGUGUGUGGGCUGGCGGUGGGCUUCGUGGGUUAGUGCCAUCCUCGGAGGAAUUAAUUUCCUGGGCAUAGUGCUGUUUGUUCCUGAAUCUCGAUAUACAAGGUCCAUUGACGCAGUGGAUCUCAAUAAUCAGAGCUCUAGGCUGGACGAGCAUAGUGAGAAACCCUCUGGAGAGCAGUUGGUCCAGCAAAUCAGCGCUAUUGGCCCAGAAAUACUUAUCGGAGAUAAGAAAACCUGGAUCCAAGAGAUGAACCCUUGGUCAGGAACCAGCAACAAAGGCAUCAUCAACCACUUCAUCCGGCCAUUCCCACUUCUAGCUUAUCCAGCCGUUGCUUGGGCAGCUCUAACCUACUCUGUUGCCCUGGCCUGGUUAGUUGGCGCUGGAACCCUGAGUUCAUUUAUUUUUCAAGUGCCUCCCUACAACUUUUCGGCGGGUGUGAACGGGUUGAUCGGUCUACCUGGUCUCACUAUUGAGAUUCUGACGCAGUUCUUAUCAGUUGGUAACUUUGCAGGAGCUAUUUUUGGUGGAAAGCUAACAGAUGUAUAUGCGCGUCGACGUGCACGACGAUCUGGGGGUAAGUUCGUGCCGGAAUCACGUCUUGUGCUGCUUAUUAUACCCGCUAUUCUUGGGCCAUGUGGGCUCUUGAUGUUCGGGUUUGGUGCACAAAAGUCUCUUCAUUGGGCUGUGCUUUAUGUGGGCUACGGGUUGAUUAGUAUCGUUCCGGCAGCUGCCAGUAUCGCCAUGACAUACGUGAUGGAUUCAUACUUUGAAGUGGCCGCGGAAGGCCUGCUGGUGGUCAAUGGUAUCAAAAAUGUGGCGGCUUAUGGGUUUACGUAUGGAUUUAUCCCAUGGACUACAAGUGUUGGCUAUGAAACUGUAAAUCCUGCACCCCAUUUCGAAUUUUUUCAAGGUCCAAAGCAGCUAACCCCAGCUGUAGGUCUUUGGGACUAUGGCCGGCAUCUGGAUAUUUACACUGCUCCUAGCAGUUCCAUUUUAUAUCUGGGGCGCAAGCAUCAGAAGAUUCACCAGCUUGCAUUUUAG